AUGUAUCAUUGUGUUGCAGAAAAAAGAGAACCCAUUGGAGAAAAUGUGACAGUCCAGGCUGUCGUCUACUAUGAUUCAGCGUACCUCAGCAAGGCAAAGCACAAGACUGAAAGCAAUUUGGAUGGAGGCAACUCAAUGGAAAAAUAUUUUGAACAACUUUUUCAACAGGUUGAAUCGUAUUUUCACAAUCACUCGAUAAAAAUAAAGAUGAAGGUCAAAGAAGUUACACAGACAAACAACUUCUCCACCUAUUCAGAUGGUGUCUUUAAAGAAAGAGAGACACUGAAGAGCCUUACAGAAUAUGGAAAAUCUUUAGGACUACCUCCGAAUACUAUAUUUUACGGCUUUUCUUGGAGCGAUAACAAGUUCUAUGGGACUAGCUCCGGAGCUCUGAGUCAGUCAGCCAUGGAGACCGAUGGAACAUUUUGUACAAGUAAUACAAGCGCUGCGAUCAUAAUACACCAUCAAGGAUUUCAAAACCCUUGGUCGACAAUAAAAGCAUCAUCAUUUAUAUUUGGUUCGACGCACUUCUUUAAUUUUUCUCGCCUGGACUGGACAGUAAUGAAUCAGACAUUCUUGAGGUGUCCCAAACAGGAAAAUCUAGAUAUUUUGGCAUGUUGACAAAAGUGAGCUGACAGCCACGUACCGAUACAAAUUUCCAUUGACUUCAGUAAAACGUGUUCGACAGAUGAUAUUGAAAUAAACUGGUCAUCUUGGAAAAUAAAAC